AAAAACCUUAGAUUACUCUCUCGCUCAUUGAUAUCUUCUUUGGUUAUCAGCUCUAGCUUAUAAAAACUUUGUCGCGAGAAGAAAUUGAAAACCCAAACCGAGCUAGAUCUACGUCUACAUUGAAAUUAUGGCACUGCUGUGGGGAGCAGCUGCAGCAGCAGUCGGAGGGCUGCUCGUAGCCAACAUGGACUUCUGGUUGCCUAGGGGUGGAGCAGCGACCACGGAGGCCUACCUAGCAGGAGCCGUCCUUCAGCUCCUGGGUGAGACGAAGCUCCAGGCUCAGCUUAGCUUAGUGGACGAGGCGGUGAGGACAUUCAAGGCCAAGGAUCUGUGGAAGGAUACAGGAGCUGUGGUCCUGGCUGUGCGCAGGCCUGGAUGAUCUUUGUGCAGAGAGGAAGCUAAAGAGCUGUCCUCUCUGAAGCCGGAGCUGGAUGCCCUAGGUAUCCCGCUCUACGCUGUACUCCUAGAACCGGGAGGCUACAAAGAGUUCUUGCCUUUCUUCUCCGGUGAAGUCUUCCUUGAUACAGAGACGAGGUUUUACGGAGAGGAGAAGCGAAACAUGAGCCUUGUGGGUCUUCUUCGUAUCUCAACCCUGCUCCAAGUCAGAGAAAACAAGAAACAGGGUAUUCAAGGGAACUAUAUAGGUAAUGGUCUCACACUAGGUGGCAUCUUUGUUAUUGGACCUGGUGAUCAGGGAGUACUCCUGGAGUAUCGCAAUAAGGACUUUAGCGAUCACGCAUCAAAUGAGAAAGUGCUGGAGGCAGUUAAGAACAUUGCCCCUUCUGCCCCUAUUACCGCUAAAGUAUCACCAAAGUUGUAACCCCUCCAAACUUAUGACCCUUUUUAUAACUCCUGGGGAGUGUUUCACAAAGACUAAGAUCAACUUUAAUUUGGACUUGAACUAUGGCAGGCGAUUUAUGCACUUAAAAAUUCUUGAACCAGUUGUAAAAUUAGAGGGAAAAAAUCUUAGAAAUUUUGAUCUUUAGAUACUGUUUUUUUCUGUGAAUAAUAAACUACCGGGUAUCCAAAAAUGUGAAUUCUGUAGAUUUGUGAAGUCCCUUGAGAGACCAAUAGUGAGUGCAACCAGUGGCAUGAAUGGCCUGUCAUAGUUAAGUCCAACUGAAAGUCGAUCUUUAAUAGUCUUUGUGAAACACCCCCCUGCUGCCACUAACGAAUCACCAAAGUUGUAAACCUUCCAACCUUAGCAAUGAUAAUAGUUUUGAUUAUCUAGGAGCACUAAAAACAAAAUGUAUCAUGGCACUUACAAAAUCUUAGAAUGUGAAGAGAAAUAUAUGAAAGUAAUAAAAUAGGUAUAGAUCAUUUUAUAUUUCUGAGGGAAGAGAUAUACUUUAACGGAUCUUUUGAAAGUUGGCAAGACAAAUUAAUUAUCUGAUGUAAAGUGGGAUAUUGUUCCAUUUUGACCUAUACAUAGCUCCUAAUGCUUCUAGCAUCUCCCCAAAGUUGGCACUAUUCUGGCCUUUGAUCUUUAAUCCAAAUAAAUGCAUUCAACAUUUCAAUGAUUUCAAAUCCUCAACAUUUCAUGAUGAGAAUUAUCUUGCCUCAUAUCCAAACAAGCUUUAUUUAACACAUCUGUUGAUGUCAUAGAUCAAGAAUUUCAAUAAUUAUGUCUAGUUUUGACAAAAUUUGUUUCAAAUGAACUCAUAUUCAGGUAUAAUUGUGUGUGUGAUGUGAUUAAUGUUAGAACUUAAAGAAUGCUACAAAAAAAGACACAAGUGCAAAUUAUAGCAUAUUAUUCAGCACUUACUUGAACAGUAUAUUAAUCUUAAAGGAUUAUCAGUUAAAUUUGUCUUUAUUUCAGUUUGUUGAUUUUGUUUUAUUCGUCAAUUACUAUUUUUUUAAAUUAUUUUUUUUAAAGUAUUUUGUUUAUAAUGGAAUCAGGUGUGGUACUACUCAAUCAGACUGUUUAUUUCUACUAUCCAUGUAUACACCAAUUUGAUCUUGUGGCAGGUACAUGUUCCUCUCUAUAGCCAAGUCCAUUCAUGUAUACAUCACGAAUGACGACCCUAUUCUAAACACUAUCCUAGUGCUGAUAAGGUCUGAUGUAAAACAGAUGUGUCACAGAAUUCCGAUUUUGGUUUACAGGAAGAUGAACAUGUAGCUGCUUUCGAUGUCAAUAGUUUUGUUGUGAUGACGAUGAUGUAGAUGUAUGAAGAUUGUAUAUUUUACGAAUGACAAAUAAUAUAUCAAUGAAUGUACUUUAC